AUGUCUUUUUAUUCCAAGCAGGACUAUAAUAUGGAUUUAGAGCUCGAUGAAUAUUAUAACAAGACACUUGCCACAGAGAAUAAUACUGCUGCCACUCGGAAUUCUGAUUUCCCAGUCUGGGAUGACUAUAAAAGCAGUGUAGAUGACUUACAGUAUUUUCUGAUUGGGCUCUAUACGUUUGUAAGUCUUCUUGGCUUUAUGGGGAAUUUACUUAUUUUAAUGGCUCUUAUGAAAAAGCGUAAUCAGAAGACUACGGUAAACUUCCUUAUAGGAAAUCUGGCCUUUUCUGAUAUCUUGGUUGUGUUGUUUUGCUCACCUUUCACACUGACGUCUGUCUUGCUGGAUCAGUGGAUGUUUGGCAAAGUCAUGUGCCAUAUUAUGCCUUUUCUUCAAUGUGUGUCAGUUUUGGUUUCAACUUUAAUUUUAAUAUCAAUUGCCAUUGUCAGGUAUCAUAUGAUAAAACAUCCCAUCUCUAAUAAUUUAACAGCAAACCAUGGCUACUUUCUGAUAGCUACUGUCUGGACACUAGGUUUUGCCAUCUGUUCUCCCCUUCCAGUGUUUCACAGUCUUGUGGAACUUCAAGAAACAUUUGGUUCAGCGUUGCUGAGCAGCAGGUAUUUAUGUGUUGAGUCAUGGCCAUCUGAUUCAUACAGAAUUGCCUUUACUAUCUCUUUAUUGCUAGUUCAGUAUAUUCUGCCCUUAGUUUGUCUUACUGUAAGUCAUACAAGCGUCUGCAGAAGCAUAAGCUGUGGAUUGUCCAACAAAGAAAACAGACUUGAAGAAAAUGAGAUGAUCAACUUAACUCUUCAUCCAUCCAAAAAGAUUGGGCCACAGGUGAAACUCUCUGGCAGCCACAAGUGGAGUUAUUCAUUCAUCAAAAAACACAGAAGAAGAUAUAGCAAGAAGACAGCAUGUGUGUUACCUGCUCCAGAAAGACCUUCUCAAGAGAACCACUCCAGAAUACUUCCAGAAAACUUUGGCUCUGUAAGAAGUCAGCUCUCUUCAUCCAGUAAGUUCAUACCAGGAGUCCCCACUUGCUUUGAAAUCAAACCUGAAGAAAAUUCAGAUGUUCAUGAAUUGAGAGUAAAACGUUCUGUUACAAGAAUAAAAAAGAGAUCUCGAAGUGUUUUCUACAGGCUGACCAUACUGAUAUUAGUAUUUGCUGUUAGUUGGAUGCCACUACACCUUUUCCAUGUGGUAACUGAUUUUAAUGACAAUCUUAUUUCAAAUAGGCAUUUCAAGUUGGUGUAUUGCAUUUGUCAUUUGUUGGGCAUGAUGUCCUGUUGUCUUAAUCCAAUUCUAUAUGGAUUUCUUAAUAAUGGGAUUAAAGCUGAUUUAGUGUCCCUUAUACACUGUCUUCAUAUGUAA